AGACGUCUUAAAUGGGCAGCCUCUCUUCGUUGAUGUAAACGCGACGUGUUCUCCUUCAAUUUCUUCCUUCAUCAUUGAUAUGGCCGACACGCGCCCCACACACGUACGGACUGGCUCCAUUGCACGAUCGCGCAAGGGCAGCGCCCCUUCGACGCCACCACGAGUUCAAGUGCGCCUUCCCGCCCACCACCAGCAGCUUCGAUCCAAGUUCUCCUGGACAAAUUCAAGCUUGCACUCGACGACGAGCCCGCUGGAUCAGCGCUUGGUCAAUGACUUUGCCUCACCGCCUUGCUCCUCCUUCUCGCCGGCGAGCAGGCAGAAGAAGAUGAUGGGGGCCUCCGCCACUCCUAGUCCAGACCACCGCCUCGCUGCACUCCCACCUGUCGACGCACACUUCAAAGGAUGGGACUUCCAUAUUGCGAAGCAUGGGCAGGACAACAGCAGCAGCAGCAACAACAAGCUAGCAAGAAGCACAAGCUCCCGCACGGCUCAGGAGAUGAUCUCGCCCAAGAGCAAGCCAAUCCCAUCCUUCAUCCGGAGACAUCCUCAUCGCCCAUCGACAGCGGUCCACCGGCCCAAUCACGGCGGCUCAUCCGACGACGAAGAGGAGGAAGAGCUUGCCUCACCAGUCCGCAAUACUUUCGGAGGCGCAGCGAGACGCUUCCUGCAGAAGGCCAAGGGUCAUGGGCGCAGCUUUUCGAGCGAUCAUGUCAAUGCGAUGUCGCUCCAGAAGGUGUCCAUGAUACCCUUCUCCUCUGGAAGCAGUGAGCAUGACGACUCUCCACCCGCUCUGCACUACGGCUCCGAGGCUAGCUCAACUUCGAUGGAGAGCCUCCUCUCAACAAGUCACGUCUCUACGUCUUCGCUCGGCGCACCCAUUCACAUUCCCGAGCGAAGACGAGGUCGCAAGGGGUCGCUUGGUAGCUCUGUAGCUCCUGCACUCUCACACCUCUUCGGCCUGGGGAUCUCUGAGAAAGACGAACCCCUCACCACGCCUCGUCCAGCACCCGUCCCCUCAGCUUCAUCCGAUACACACCGCCCACGGGGCCAUCAGCGCGUGGAUUCAAUAUCUCGUGGCGUACCUCGCGAGGCUGCCGAACAGGCGGGCAAUUCCAUCCAGAUGCUUCCGGAGGCGCUUCAGUCGCACCCGCCCAGAAACGGCAUCGUCGUGCUAGCCACCGAACAACUUGGGCUGCGCAAGGCUACGUCGCUGAAGUACGACCCGAGCAGGCGGCCCAAGCAUCCACCCACGCCGCCUAGGCAGUGCGUGAAGGCGCUGCCCUCUUUGCAGUCGGGCGAUGUCGCUCAACUCAACGUCAACUCGACAGGCUCCGCAGCACAACACAAGACGGCGCAUGACUGCUCAGUCACUGGCCUGACCACAACUGCCGUCGCCGAUAGCACGAUCAGCAAACGGCUUCAAGGGCAUCGACGCUCGGAGUCUACUCCCAUGCCCGCUGUAGACGAGCCAGCCAGCGUGGAAGACUUGCACAGGGAUGCCCUCGUCGCUCUGACCUUUGAGUCACAGCAGCGUGACCGGGAGAUUGUGGCGCCGCUAAGUGUAGUCAAGACGAGGAAAACUGUGAUGGUGAAGCCGCCGGUCAAGGAGGAGGCGAAGAAGGACGCUGCCGUUGCUGCGGGUAGCGAAGAGGCGAAUACCGAUCUCCCAAGCACUAGCAAAGAGAACUCCUCCACAUCUUCGAUCCUCUCAAUCAGUACCGACGAAAACCAUAGCAGUCCCGCUCGCCCUCGCAAGACCGCCGCAGACCACGAAAAGUGGGAGAGCGGCGCCACCACCAGGCAAUGGUCUUCGAUGCUUCAAGACGAGACGCACCGUCGUCGCAGACCUCGGAGGGCGGGUACUGGUAGCUCGGAUGCGAGUGAGAGACAAGUAACACUGCCCGCAGUAAAGGGCCCGGCACCGACAGAUGCGCUGCCUGCUUUGCCUGAUAGUAAGGGUGCGGUGCGAGAGGCAAUAGUCGUGCAGCGGCGCCCCCUCAAGCCUUUGCUGCUAGCGGCACGACACCCUGUCAGCCAAGUCGAUCGCGCCGAAGAUCGUCCAGAAGUAGACGGAGACUGCUCUCCGCCACACUUCCCUCUCCCGCCCAAGCUCGACCUGGACCUGAGCGGCGGGACGAUCAAAAUGUGGCGGCAAGGCCAUCAGCCUGGUAGCAGCAACAGUGGAGGGAGCACGGCUACGCUAAGACGAGGAAGAACGCCGCGCUCUGGUCGAGGGAUGACGCCCGUUAGCGCUGCAAUCAAGACAGAAAGUAACGCAAAGGACACCCUUCAAGACCUUGUCGAGUCAUUCGACAUCGAAGGCGCGGAUGUGGAACAGGAGAUCGUUGAGGAGCCGCAGUCGGCAGAGCCUCACGAAGGGGAAGAAGACCGACCAGAGAGCAGAGCUUCGAGUGCGACUUCCUCUCGUAGCGGAGAUCUGCCCAGUGCAGGCAGCUCGGCGCAAUACGCUCGCUGGCCCCCACUUCAACGUCCCAGGCCCACACCUACUUCGCUGCCAACCUCGGUCAAGCCCUACGAGGAUGUCAGUGGUGAGGCCACGCCUGCGCAGGGAAGCAUAUGUCUUCCGGCCGCGACGGCCGACGAGGCGAAGGAGGAGCCGAAUCAGCAAGGGUGCACAUCCCCUACCUCGCCUGACUGUGACGGACGAGAUCCUUGGAAUCUCGAUACUCUCCGUCUCGACCUGGAUAUAGACGAGGCGGACCUUCGUCUCUCUUGCGACGAUGACAUCUCUUCGUACACACGCUCGUCGCCCCCCUCGGCUGCCGUCUCCAUGACCUCAGACGGCAGCGCCUAUUCUCUUCCCUCCGAAGGGGCCGGUAGGAGUGGAAUCUUUCAGUACGAGCUUGCAUCGAGCACGCUGACUAGUCGAGCGGUCAGUGGGAUCGAGGUGGGUGAAGAGGCGAGUGGGUCGACGUGGAAUAUGAAGGUGCCGAUGAGGCAGACACGACCUGCUAGUAGCAUGUACGGUGGGGAAGAAUUGGAUCUCGAGGGAUUGUUGGAGGGGGCUCUUUUGGGUGAGGAGGAGGCAGCGUGAUCAGAACUUGCAUAAAGGAGAAGUGAUUAAGUGCUCGUACGAUCGCUUCAUUCCUGCUGUGCGUCAUUGAAAUAGUGGAUAGAUUUGCGAUUCGCAGCGAUUCGCAGUGGUCCGCCUUGUGAUCAAC